ACUUGUUUCAGACACUGGUGAACUGUAAAUAUAAAUUUAGACUUCCCGAGCACAGUCUACUCAGCUGAUGAAAGGCUCACAGGUCUCCAGUCGGGCGGGAAUAUCGAUAUAACCGGACCACCUUCCAACGAGUGUUUUUCUGCCAUCUGGCAAAAUGACUACGUACAUCAGACAACGAAUGACGUGCGGCAAAACGUUGCGGUGAUGAUUUUAAUGGUGAUACUAGACUCCACACGUUGUUACGGCAUAUAUGGUUGCUUCAGUACGGAUAGCCCAUGGACAUCUGAGACCCGACCAAUCAGCUUGCCUCCAGAAUCUCCAGAGAAAAUAAAUCCCUAUUUUUGUUUAUACACACGAAGGAAUCGACAAGAGUGCCAACGUUUGGAACUAAUGAGAUGGAAUGCUUCCUAUUUAAACCCCAGGCAAAAUGUAGUGCUUAUCAGUCAUGGAUAUUUGGAAAAUGGACAGAAACCGUGGCUUAUGAAUAUGACCAGGGCCCUUCUUGACCAUUCUGAUAUGAAUGUUAUUGUUAUUGGAUGGGGUGGAGGCUCUAAACCACCGUACUCCCAAGCAGUUGCAAAUAUUAGAGUUGUGGGUGCAAUGGCUGGCCAUCUUGUUGCACAUAUGGUGAAUAAUGUUGGAGUUGAUGUGAAAAAGUGCCAUGUCAUUGGGCACAGUUUAGGUUCUCAUGUAGCGUCAUACAUUGGACAUACUCUACAAACAAAAUUUAGAAUGAAGCUUGGUCGCAUAACAGGACUGGAUCCUGCAGAACCGCAUUUUACAAAAACUGACCCCAUUGUGCGCCUGGACCCAUCUGAUGCUGAUUAUGUAGAUGUUGUACAUACUGAUGCAGCACCGUUCAUGAGCGGCGGCCUUGGACUGAAAGAACCUGUUGGUCACGUGGACUUUUACCCAAAUGGAGGCAUUCGUCAGCCUGGCUGUACUGAUGGAGUCUUUGGGCAUAUAGGAAGACAGAAAGGAAGUUUGUCCAAAGGUCUGCGCAGUUUUGUCAGCUGCAACCACCUUAGAAGCUAUGAAUAUUAUAUGGAAUCAAUAAAUACAAAAUAUCCUUUCAUGGCUAUAGAAUGCAAGUCUUGGGAAGAUUUUCUUAAUGGCUCUUGCUUUUCUUGUGGAAAGCACUAUGAUAUAAAAAAUGGUUAUAACAAUGGAGAAUCAUACUGCACAAGAUUUGGUUACAAUUCACAACCGCAUAUGGUGACAAAUUCAAAAAACAGAAUUCUACAAAGGAGAAGUGUUAAAACAUACCUAAUUACAGGAUCUGAAACACCAUUUUGUCGUGAACAUUUUAGAGUAUUAAUAAACGUUUCAACUUCACCUGCAAGUGUGAAACAUGGGAGUGAAAUUGGACACUUCUGGAUUGUUCUAAAAAGAGGAGAAUCUGUUGAAAGAAUCCAAGUGAAUACAAGGGCUAUACUGUUUGAACCAGGUACACAACACAAGUUCAUAGUAUCAACAAAGUGUUCAGAAUCUCUUGAAGGAGUUAGUAUUGAAUGGGUGUAUGAAACGUCAUUUUUAAACCCCCUUACAUGGAGAUUUGUCACACCCCCAAGAUUAUUCUUGCAGUCUGCUGUGGUUGAGAACCUGGAGCGGUCAAGCAGGCACACGUUAUGUCCACCUUAUGGUAGAGCAAUAUAUCCCAAAGAAGUAAUGGAAAUGAGGAGGAAUUUGGAAUGUAAACAAGAGUGACUUCCAUAAACCAUUUAACUAAAUUAUUACUUGGCAGUUCCUAAUAUUCAGUACCAACAGGUACUGGAGAUGCUGUCAGUGAAUCUGUGAUAGUGUGUUGUUACACGAGGACAGUGUGAAACAUUGUUCUCUCUCUCAUAAUGUACCAAAGAAUUGAGUGUGAGUUAAUUUUUUGCAAGUGUUAAAUAUUUGCAAAAGGACUGAAAACAGAAUGUUUGAUCUGCUUAGCAGGAGUGGGUGUAAUUAGCAUAGACUAAGUGAAGAAACAUUGAGGUGUUCAAUUCUAAGUCUCUGCAGUCAUCUCUGCUGUUCCUGUCAUCAUGGAGGUUAUACUAACAAACAAGACAACUGUUAGAUUAACUCCUGGCACUUAGUGAAAAAAGCAAACAUUUGACAUACAGUAUUAUUUUUAUAGUCAUAUUUUUAGAUGUAAUAUACUGUUGUUUAAAUGUGAGAGCAUGUGACAUGAUUUCACAUUUGUUUUUAUAGAUU